UCCACCCUCCUGAACAUGACCGCUCACAGCAGCAACGCCUCCAACGCCUCCACCCUCCCCAGCAUCACCUACUACCCGUACUACCAGCACUCGUUGCCCGUGGCAACCGCCCUCACCGUGGCCUACCUCUUCAUCUUCCUCCUGUGCAUGAUGGGUAAUGGCCUGGUGUGCUUGAUCGUGCUGGGGAACAGGCGCAUGAGGACCGUCACCAACUUGUUCAUCCUCAAUCUGGCCGUGAGUGACCUGCUGGUGGGCAUGUUCUGUAUCCCCACCACGCUGGUGGAUAACCUUAUCACAGGCUGGCCCUUCACAAACACGGUGUGUAAGAUGAGCGGUCUCGUGCAGGGCAUGUCUGUCUCCUCCUCUGUGUUCACACUAGUGGCCAUCGCGGUAGACAGGUUCCGCUGCAUCGUCUACCCCUUCCAGCCGAAGCUCACCCUGACGGUUGCCAAGGUAACCAUUGUAAUGAUUUGGGUGUUGGCCCUGGUGAUCAUGUGUCCCUCGGCAGUGACUCUGACCGUGGAGCAAGUGAGGCACCACUACAUGGUCCACAACCUGGACUACAACCACGCCUACCCGCUACUGUCCUGCUUCGAGAACUGGGCCGACCCGCAGAUGCGUAAGGUGUACACCACGGUGCUGUUCGCCCACAUCUACCUGGUCCCUCUCACGCUCAUCACACUCAUGUACGGACGCAUCGGCGUCAAGCUCUACACCACCUCCGUCACCACCGGCAGCGAGCAGCCCGACGGUGGGCAGCCCCGCGCUACCCCUCCGGCCCACCAGGGGGCACCGCAGAAAAACAGACCCCUCUUCUCCAGCAAAAAAAUCAAGGUUAUUAAGAUGCUGGGUCUGGUGGCACUGCUUUUCACGCUGUCCUGGCUGCCCCUGUGGACACUGAUGCUCCUGACCGACUACGGCGGUCUGGACGAGCCAGCGCUGGACCUCCUGACCAGCUAUGUGUUCCCGUUCGCACACUGGCUCGCCUUCUCCAACUCCAGCGUCAACCCCAUCAUCUACGGCUACUACAACGAGAACUUCAAGCGCGGCUUCCAGGCCGUGUGCAGGAAGUACACGUGCUGCUGCAGUGGGCUGACUGCAGGGGGAUCCAGAGCUCGCAGGUCCGGCAGGGUGGACAUGGGCGUAGCGGGCGCAGGGCGCAGGGGGCCCGACACGGGUCCCAACCCGCUGCCAUUCGCAGCGAGGAACAGGGUGUACACGGAUGGGAACCUGAAGGAGCGCAGGCCGGGGUCAGAGCCAGAGCGCCGGGCGGCGAGUUGCAGGGUGAGGGGCUCCGUCAGUGUGGAUGAUGCCGGAUCCCUCACCGCCAGUGAGACGAAAGGGGUGGCCAAUCAGAAGAGCCUGCAGAUGGAGGACCUGGGGAGGAUCAGCCCUGUGGGCGUCACCGUGAGCCAGGCCUGGGAUCAAUAG